AUGGAAGGUGCUAUAAUAGGCUCCUGGCACAACAGUGGCUUCUACGGGCACUACCGAGGCCGAGUCAAGAGCGAGAGUGCUGAAGAAUACCGCCUUGCAGCCAAGCCCCAGCCACCAGCUGCGUUCCUGCAGAGAUGUGAGGAGCCAGUGCGGCGACACUACUUCUCAAAACACGACAACCGCACUUCCUACGACAAAGGUCCCUAUUGCCUGCUGCAGGGAAUUGGAAGACGGAAAGACCUGGAGCGCCUGUGGAAGAGACACACCUUCCUGCACUGGGCACCCUGUGAGCUGGAAUUGAGCCAGCAGCCACCUCUGGAAUCUUCCUACCAGACUGAUUGCCGGUCAAGUACAGGAUUCAGCAGGCUUCCCCAGCGCCUGGUCCACUUUGUUCAGCUUCAGCCUCCCUAUUUCAACACUACCUACCAGCACAACUUCUGCCAUCCAUCCCGGGGUGGCUACUGCGGUACCACCGAGAGAAAGCGCCCUGAGCCAAUCACUGAAACCCUGCCUGGCCUUCCCGGAGCCCCGAAGCCCAAGAUGCUGCAGCAUUACAUUCACGCUGGAGUUUCUGAGUGUUUAAACUGGUCUCAAGAAUUAAAAAGCUGA